UUUUGGAAAGAAGUACACUAAAAUAAAAAACGCGAGAGCAAAUCCAUACACCUUUGGAUUAAUAAUUAUUGUUUUCCCUUGAAUGCAGACUUGUUUCGGGUGGAAAUAUAAAUAUUGAACACUCGAACCGUAUUCGGUGGUCCUCACCCAGCAAUUUUGAACUAAAUCCUGUUAAAACGGAUAUUGUAACCCGGGUCGUCUUUUACACUUGCGCGUUUCCAGCUUCGACAAGAAUCUGUUGUAUGACCUCUCGGAAUUAUCCAGACUUAUUUCAGUUCCAGCACCUGCGAUCUCGGCAGGCAUUCACACAAUCGAUGUUAUCCGGAGGAUGGUAAAUGAUCGAUGGGAAAUCAUGAACAGUGUAUCAGAGCUCGAGGACGGACAACAGCACAAACCUCAGAGAAUGAGCUGUGGAUACUUCUCUUGCACCAUUCUCCUCUUUGUGGCGGUUCUUCUCGCUGUGACCGUGACCGGCACCAUCCUGUUUAUGAACCAUUACCAUGCCCCAGUACGGAAGGGCCCACCACUCAUCAACACAAAUCAGGAUGAAAAGAAUGCCCUCGUGACAAUCGAGAAGGUGGACGGCUCCCGGAUUAACAUUUUCAUCGACCCCAACUGCCCAGACUACAAUAAUAACUUCCCUCGCUUGGAGGGCGUGCAGACCUCACUCUUGCACUCCCUCACGGACCAUGACAUGGACCUGAAGUCAGUGAAGGGUCAGGACCGGGCUCUCCUCGUGAACUUGGCAGAGGAGGUGGCAAAGCUGUCUGCACAUGCGGGGGCAACUAAAAAUGGAUUACGGGCGCUCAGAAGAGGGCAGGGCACACUGGGACAAGAUCUGAAUACGCUUCAGACAGAGCAAGGGAGACUCAUUCAGCUACUGUCUGAAAGCCAGAUCAACAUGGUGAAGGUGGUGAACUCGGUGAGCGAUGCCCUGAACAGCAUGCAGAAGGAGCAGGGUGUCCUGAAGACCCGUGUCAAAGCUGACCUACAGAGGGCGCCGGUUCGAGGUCUCCGGCCCAAAAGCUGUAAUAACGGCUCCCGGCCAAAGGACUGCUAUGACAUUUACAUGAAUGGACAAAGGGAGGACGGCAUCUACUCCGUGUUCCCCACUCAUUACCCCUCGGGAUUCCAAGUGUUUUGUGACAUGACCACGGAUGGCGGAGGAUGGACGGUUUUCCAGCGUCGUGAAGACGGCUCCGUCAAUUUCUUCAGAGGAUGGGAAGCCUACAGGGAAGGAUUUGGGAAGAUAACCGGAGAGCACUGGCUCGGUAUGAAGCGAAUUCACGCCCUUACCAUUCAGGCCAACUACGAGCUGCGCAUCGACCUGGAGGACUUUGAGAACAGCACAGCGUUUGCUCAUUACGGGACCUUUGGGGUGGGACUGUUCUCCGUGGACCCAGAUGAAGAUGGCUACCCCCUCACUAUAGCGGAUUAUUCUGGAACAGCAGGUGAUUCUCUACUAAAGCACAACGGCAUGAAGUUCACCACAAAGGACCAAGACAACGACCACUCGGAGAACAACUGCGCUUCAUUUUACCACGGCGCCUGGUGGUACCGCAACUGCCACACGUCCAACCUGAACGGCCAGUACCUGAAGGGUCACCACACAUCGUAUGCCGAUGGCAUCGAAUGGUCCUCAUGGACAGGCUGGCAGUACUCCCUCAAGUACUCCGAAAUGAAGAUCAGGCCCAACAAGGACGACAAGAAGUGAGGAGUGCAGGGUGACGGGACACCAAUGUAAAAAUUAAAAAAAAAAUCAAAACUUUCUCAUCUUUCUCCAAGAUGCUGACCGUCCACGUAAUGAGGACAAUGUUUAGGGUUUUUUGUUUUUUUCCUUCAGUUUGUUCCUGUGGAAGACUUUAGUAUCCCAUACCAUAAUACCGUAUCAUAGGCCACCGCCAUUUUUGACAUGAUGACGUUUAUUCCUUUCAGAUUAGGGUAGAGAAUGAACAGAAAUUUAUUGAUUUCUUUAUGUGAUUUUAGAGGUUACCCUGACAUGCAGAACGAUGUCGCUGUUUGGUGUUACAAGCACAGGACCCUGAAUCCCCACCCCGUCAGGCCGUGUCCGUCAGUCCACACAGGGAUGUUGUUCUUCUCUUGGUUCUCCACAUACAAAGAUGAGAUUCUCCUCAGACUACCUCAGAGCGCCGUGGGUGAGUGGUGUGCAGCUAGACGCACUAAGGUCUGCCGUUCAGACAUCCUGGAGGGACACGUGGGGGGCUCUGAGUGUCAGAAUCCAUCAGCAGCGUUUUAGCAUCACUAGCCUGAUGGGCACCAUCGGUGGAAGGUGGGACAAUCAGAGGGAGAAGGAGAGGGAGAGAGAGAGAGACGUUCAGCCAAGGACCCCAUGGGUUUGAGAGCAGGUUAGGGUCACCUUGAGGGGGAGCCCAAUGCCCGCUCACUGAGGAGUAAAAAAAAUAAACAAGGGAUAUUAUUAUGUAGGAGGAGGAGCUUCAGACCACCUGACACCUCACUCAGUGAUCCGGAGCGUCUCUGGAAUUUAUGUGCCGCCUUUCUGUAUUCAGUCCCUCGCCGAUAUGCUUCAUCGUGUAGAUGUUUUCCCCCAGUUGAAGCACAGGCAGCUGAAGGGACUUUUAUCACCACCAGAGGGCAGCACCGAGAGCCUUAGAGC